GCUUCAUUCAUUUCCACUCCACGGAGAGUCUGAGUGACAGAACUCACUUUACCUCAGAUUCCCUCAAAUUAAACCCACCAGAACGUCCUGUUUUAAAGCUCUACAACAGUAUGGUAGUGAGAUUAAACACUUUCCUCACACUUUCUCUGUGUUUGGUGCUGGUUUGUUGUGCACUGAGUGUGUGUGGCCGAGCCGCUGCUGAGAAUGAGCUGGAGAAAGGUGGUUUGGAUGUGAAUCUGUCUGUAGACACAGUGCUGCUCGAUUAUCAGAUUAAAUACAACAUGAGGAAAUCUGAGGAUUUGGACGAUGAAGGCUGUUUCCUCCAAACGGGUCAAAACGAGGCGCUGCAUCAGUGCGGCUUCAACACCACGGCCAGGACUAUCCUCAUCAUCCACGGCUGGACGAUAGGAGGUGUGUUUGAGAGUUGGAUGUAUAAGCUGGUCUCAGCAGUAGUGAGGCGUGAGGCUGAGGCGAAUGUCAUCGUGGUGGACUGGCUCGGUUUGGCCCAUCAGCUUUACCCUGACGCUGUCAAUCACACACUCCAUGUUGGACGCAGCAUUGCUGCAUUGCUUGACUGGCUGCAGGAGGAGCAGCAGCUGCCUCUAGAGAACGUUCAUCUGAUUGGUUAUAGUCUGGGAGCUCAUGUAGCAGGAUAUGCUGGAACAUUCGUUCAUGGGAAAGUUGGCCGUAUAACAGGGUUGGACCCAGCCGGUCCCAUGUUUGAGGGGGCGGAGCCACACAAGCGCCUCUCUCCAGACGACGCAGAGUUUGUGGAUGUUCUGCACACGUACACUCGUGAAGCUCUGGGUGUGAGCAUUGGCAUCCAGCAGCCAAUCGGACACAUUGACAUCUACCCUAACGGGGGAGAUGUGCAGCCCGGCUGUUCCCUGGGGGACGUCCUGUCCUCUGCCGCGGCAGGGGACUUUAUGGAGGUGAUGAAGUGUGAGCAUGAGCGGGCAGUGCACCUGUUUGUGGACUCUCUGAUGGAUAAGGAACACGUGAGUUUUGCAUAUCAGUGCACAGGGCCCGAGCGCUUCAAUAAAGGAAUCUGUCUGAGCUGCAGGAAGAAUCGCUGCAACAACGUGGGCUAUAACGCUCGCAGCGUGCGCAGGAGGAGGAACACCAAGAUGUACCUGAAGACUCGCGCAGACACGCCCUUUGCUGGUUAUCAUUAUCAGAUGAAGAUGCACGUCUUUAACCGGAAAAACUCUGAUGAUGCAGAUCCCACCUUUUACAUCAAACUUUAUGGAGCUCACAACGACACCAAUGACAUCUACGUUGACAUUGCUGAUGGUGUUGGUUUGAACCUCACCAACACGUUUCUGGUGUUUACGGAGGAGGACAUCGGAGAGCUGUUGAAGAUCCGUUUGACCUGGGAGAGUCCAACUGAGUCCUUCUCUGCUGUGUGGAAACACAUCAAAUCCUUCUGGUCCACUUCCUCCAGUAACAAGGUGCUGCAGGUCCGCCGCCUCCGCAUCAAGUGUGGAGAGACACAGAGGAAGUUCACGUUCUGCGCUGAAGACCUGUCAGUAACGGACAUCACUCCGGGGAACUCUGUAACCUUUGUAAAAUGCCGUGACGGUUGGGAGGUGAAACCCAGGAAACGGAUCCCCAUGUGAGUGGACUUGGUCACUGAAGUGGAUGUGGAUUGGGAUGUGACUGCUCUCUUCACGUUCUGAGCACUUUUUUUCUCUGGGGUUUUUUGUACACAGUUGGGGCUUGGAGCAUGAGUCUGUUUGUUUAUGAAGGAGGGGGGUGUGUGUGUGGGGGUGUGUGUGUGUGUGUCUUUUGAUACUAAUUGUACAGGCCUAUUUAUUUGUGACCUUAUUUAAGAGCCUGUGACUCUCACCAGCCUGUGUGUGUGUGUGUGUGUGUGUGUGUUACCAUUGUGAUUGUACUGUUUUGUUUUGUUUUUUUGAUUGGGAAUUUAUAUAUAUUUUUUUUAUUUAUGAAAGAAUAAGGCACUGCAGUAAAAUCAAACUUUAUUUAUCAAUUCUGUUGAUACAAACGUUGUACAUCUGUGUGUGUGUAUGACUGCAAGAUGUUUUUAAGGGUCAAUCACAGUAUUAUUUCAGUGGAGAGUGGAGAUCACUGUGAGUCCUUUUGAGAGAAAUGUUACCUUAAAUAUGUUUGUGUGUACAUA